GGUGGCACUGAUUGGCAGCACUGAUUGGCACUGAUAUGUGGCACUGAUGGGCACUGGCACCUGGCACUGAUGAGCACUGACUGCUGGCACUGAUGGACACUGACAGGUGGCACUUCUGGGGCCACACUGAUCAUCAGGGCACACUGAUCAUCACUGUCAGCGUGACAGCUCGAGAGGAGAGAAAUGCCGAUAAGAGGCAUUUCCGCGUUUACAUGUGAUCAGCUGUGAUUGGACACAGCUGAUCACAUGACCGAGCCGACAUCUUUGGCUCUUUCCGUGACACGCUGUGUCUGACGGACACAG